CAGUGUUCCGCGGAUCGCGCCCCAGUAUAGUCAUUUUUUAUUAAUUUUUUUUUUAAAAAAUCAAUUAAACCUCCCAUUUGCUUCACGAUUUCCGUUUUACAAAUUACUAAUAAUAGUGCGGUAAAUAUAUAAAUAUAAAAUAAACGUGGAAUAAAACGGUUUGAUGUCAUUUUGUGAUUUCGGGCCGUGGGAAAAAUAUUUAUUACCAUCAUUAUGAAUUAGCCUAGUGUAAUGAUAUCUUUAAGUGAAUGUAGUGAUUGUUUGUGUGAUAAGUGAUAUAUAUUUUUGAAUAUCUAGAUUGUUUAAUAAUAUAAUCAUAUAUUAAUGUAUCACUACGACAACAAAAACGAUGAUUUUGAUGUUUUGAUGCUUAAUUCAUCAAAUGAAUCGUCAAUAAUGUGCGAUCCUACGGCUUUACUUGAUCUUGUACCUGACGAAGAGUUGAUCAAGAGAUCGUGUAUCGAUUAUAACGAGUACACUUAUUGUCACGGUGCCAGAGGUUGUUUACUGGACAACUCGGCACCACGGGGACCGCCCGAUGUGCCACCUCGUAACCCCACAAUGAAUCGUUUGAACGGAAGACUGCCAGGUAGCCACGUAACAAGCGAGCACGAGCGUGAUCUAGACUUAGAGCCUUCUUGUCUUGUUCGUACGCCGUCUGGAAAUUUUUAUAACAAACCACCAAAGAAUAAUAAGAAUGAAUACAAUAACAAACAUCAGUCUACAGGAAAUAGUCCAAUAAAAGUAGAGUUACAAAACAAUAUGGACAGGGUACCGUUGCCUUACGGGCAUGCGCCAUCAAUGAUUCCAAUGAGGAGGCAAAGUAUUAGGUGUCAUUUCCGUAAAGGAAUAGACUGGUGCAGUUGGAAAUUGAUCGCUAUUGUUUCUAUAACGGUCGCAAUUUGUCUAAUUGGUGCUUUAAUAUAUUUAGCUGCGUCCAGUUCAGUUACUUGGCCGUAUCACACAACGAAGGCCUGUAACGUACUGGUUGGUGAUAGCAGCGAAAAGUCUGAGACUAAAAAUUCGACGUCUGCAUCAGCAACUUCGACUCCUGGUAGAUCGCGACAGCCGUCAUCAGGAGGUGAGAAUCGUGAAUCUGUUGAUAUUAAUGGUAUUGUUUAUAGUAGAAAACGUAGAGACACUAUCCAGCAUGAUGAAUGGAAUUCAGAUAAUCCUCAGUUAGAUAAAAUGGUAACUAUGCAUGAUAACUUGUUGCAUGAUGGUGGUGGUUUUUAUGAAAAUACUAAUCUUGUUAAUGGUGAUAAGGUUACUUUGGGAUCUAGCUUUCAAACUAUUACAUUUAAAUCACAAAAUUCAUUUUAUGAUGAUCAGACUCCUAGUUCUGAUGAUAAAAGUACUACUAUUGCUGAUCAAACUACUAUCUUUGAUGAUCCAACUACAAUCUUUGAUCAGGCAUCAUCUCUAAUGAUUAAAACUCUUCCAACCCAUGAAAAUGUAUCAACUCUUCCAAAUGAUGGAAAUUUAUCAACUUUUUCAAAUAGUGGAAUUUUAACAACUCUUCCAAACCAUGAAAAUGUAUCAACUCUUCCAAAUAGUGGAAAUGUAUCAACUCUUCCAACCCAUGAAAAUGUAUCAACUCUUCCAAACAAUGAAAUUGUAACAACUCUUCCAAAUAGUGAAAAUGUAUCAACUCUUCCAAAUCGAGGCAAUGUAUCAACUCUUCCAAAUAGUAGAACUGUAACAACUCUUCCAACCCAUGAAAUUGUAUCAACUCUUCCAAACAAUGAAAUUGUAUCAACUCUUCCAAAUAGUGAAAAUGUAUCAACUCUUCCAAAUCGGGGCAAUGUAUCAACUCUUCCAAACAGUGGAAUUAUAACAACUCUUCCGAACCAUGAAAAUGUAUCAACUCUUCCAAAUAGUGGAAAUGUAUCAACUGUUCCAAAUGAUAAGAAUUUAUCAGCUCUUUCAAAUCCAGAAAAUGUAUCAACUCUUCCAAAUCGGGUCAAUGUAUCAACUCUUCCAAACCAUGGAAAUUUAUCAACUCUCCCAAAUCAUAGAAGCUCAUCAACUCUUUCGAACUAUGAAACGGUAUCAAUUUCACGCCAAACUGAAUCAAAGGAUCAAUUAACAACCGAGUCAGUGAUAAAAAUAACAGAUGAACUUUUCGAAUCAUUUUUACCAACCGAAAUAAAUGAACCCGACCGCGUAAUAAUAGAAGACGUGCCUGAAAAGGCGCAGCAAGAUUUUCCCGGAUCUCUUUACAAUUCCGAAGUUGUCGAGAUCGUAAAACUAAAUCCCGAUAGUCCAGAGUCACCUCAAAAUACUUAUACUGUCGAAGAGGAUGAACAUAAACUAGGAUCACAGGAUGAUAUGAUGAAAGAAAGCCAAGAGUUUGAAUCGCAUGAGAUUAAAGACUACGACGAGCAUCCAUCAGGAGUAAAGUCAUUAGUGUCAAAUAAUAUUAACAAAUCUCAAGAUUUAUCGCAUGAAACGCAUGAUUUUUAUAAUCCGGUAUCAAAUAAUAACAAACAAACUGAUACUGGAUCACGUAUUCUUGUUAACGUCACGAUAUCGAGCUUGGAUUCAUUUACAUCUACAUCUAAACAAAUUUACGUAGUAUCUGUAUCUGUACCGAGUAAUCCUGUGCCGGGUGAUUUAUUAACUCCUGGGAUAAUUAACAUACCCGAACUUAAAACUCCUGGUCCUGAUCCCGCUGGGGCUAAGCUGGAACUGGAAUCACUGGAACUGCCUCCGCCACCUCAGCCUCCGGGUUCUCCACCUCCCAUCUGGGCUGGCGGGGAAUGCGAGUGUUCUUGCCCAUGUAUGGACUCGUCUGAUGAUGAUUGGGACUCUUUUUCAGCAGAUGAUCAGUCUUUUGCUGAUGAUCAUGUAGAUAACUCGGAAGAAUCUCAGAGUUACAAUUCCGAGUUUGAGGGAACUACUGUUAGUGAAACCGAAUCAACUGAUGGGUUUAGUACUGAGGGUUUGUGUGGUACUACUCCCUUGCCACCGGAACCUACUAUUCUUAUUUUGGAAGGUGCCAGAACAUUCCCCGCCAGGUCAUUUCCACCAGACGGUACGACGUUCGCUCAAGUGACCUUAGGUCAGCAUUUAAACAAAGAAAUUCCCGCGUACAGUUACUGGAACAUGCAAUUCUACCAAUCGGAAGCUGCUUACGUGAGGUUUGAUUACAAUAUACCUCGUGGGGCGUCUAUUGGAGUCUACGCACGAAGGAACGCACUGCCUACACACACGCAAUACGAUCUACUGGAAGUAUUGAGCGGAUUCAAAGCCCGAACAACUCGCGCUUCACACCCUUCGAUAAAAAAAGAGGUGACUCAUUACAUGGAACCCGGUCACUGGUUCCUUUCACUCUACAACGACGACGGUGAUCCUCAGGAAAUUUCAUUCAUUGCUGUGAUAGCAGAAGACAUGACUCACAAUUGUCCGAAUGGUUGCAGUGGCAAAGGCGAGUGUUUACUAGGUCACUGUCAAUGUAAUCCAGGAUUUGGUGGUGAAGAUUGCAGUGAAAGUGUCUGCCCAGUUCUUUGCAGUCAACGUGGUGAGUACAUUAACGGCGAGUGUCAAUGCAACCCCGGAUGGAAGGGCAAGGAAUGCUCGCUAAGGCACGACGAGUGUGAAGUACCAGAUUGCAAUGGUCACGGUCAUUGUACCAACGGCAAGUGCAACUGCGUACGUGGAUACAAAGGAAAGUUUUGUGAGGAACCAGAUUGCCCUCAUCCAACUUGCUCAGGUCACGGGUUCUGCGCCGAGGGAACUUGCAUUUGCAAAAAGGGAUGGAAGGGAAUUGAUUGCAGUCAGAUGGAUAAAGAAGCCCUGCAGUGUCUUCCUGAUUGCAGUGGUCAUGGUAACUUUGAUCUAGAAACCCAGACGUGCCAUUGCGAGCCGAUGUGGUCAGGUGAUGAUUGCUCCAAGGAAUUGUGUGAUUUGGAUUGUGGGCCGCAUGGUCACUGCGUUGACAAUGCAUGCGACUGUGUCGCCGGAUGGUCUGGCGAGCUCUGCAAUCUCAAACAGUGCGACCCUCGUUGUAACGAACACGGGCAAUGCAAAAACGGAACGUGUUUAUGUGUCACUGGAUGGAAUGGUCGGCAUUGCACGAUGGAAGGCUGCCCCAAUUCCUGCUCAGGCCACGGCCAGUGUCGAGUCAAUGCAGACGCUCAAUGGGAGUGCAGAUGCUACGACGGCUGGGAUGGUAAAGACUGUGGUGUUCUGUUGGAGCAAAACUGCAACGAUCAACGUGACAAUGACAAAGAUGGUCUAAUCGACUGCGCGGAUCCUGAAUGCUGCGGAAAUCACGCUUGCAGAGGUAGCCAAUUGUGCGUGUCAGCGCCCAAGCCUAUCGAUAUCUUGCUCCGUAAGCAGCCACCCGCAAUAACCGCAUCUUUCUUUGAACGGAUGAAGUUUCUGAUUGACGAAGGUAGUUUGCAGAAUUACGCGCGUCAAGAAAGUUUCAACGAAAGUGUGUUCUGGAAUCACUUCAACACGAGUCGAUCAGCGGUGGUGCGUGGACGAGUAGUGACAUCAAUGGGAACAGGAUUAAUGGGCGUGCGUGUCAGUACAAGUACACCCUUGGAAGGUUUCACAUUGACACGUGAUGACGGUUGGUUUGAUCUGCUCGUCAAUGGUGGGGGAGCUGUCACACUACAAUUUGGACGAUCGCCAUUCAAACCACAGACACAUAUUGUCUUUGUGCCAUGGAAUGAGGUGGUCAUAAUAGACAGGAUAGUGAUGAGCACCGCGGACGAGAAACCACCGGUUCAUAUCACGCAUGCCUGUGCUGCUCAUGACUACGAUUUGAUGAAGCCAGUGGUUCUCGCGACGUGGAAACACGGGUUCCAGGGAGCUUGUCCAGAAAAAAGUGCUAUUCUUGCCGAAUCUCAAGUGGUCCAAGAAAGUCUACAGAUUCCUGGAACUGGUCUCAAUUUGGUUUAUCACAGCUCACGUGCUGCGGGCUACCUCUCGACGAUCCAGCUCCAACUUACUCCAGAAAGCAUUCCUCCGACAUUGAAUCUCAUUCACUUGCGCAUCACCAUUGAGGGAAUUUUAUUCGAGAAGACUUUUGAAGCUGAUCCAGUUAUUAAAUUCACUUACGCCUGGAAUCGGCUGAACGUAUAUCGUCAGAGAGUUUACGGAGUCACUACGGCAAUGGUGAAGGUUGGUUACGAGUACAGUGAUUGCAAGGACAUAAUCUGGGACGUCCAGACCACUAAAUUGAGUGGCCAUGAUAUGUCAAUCUCUGAAGUAGGAGGUUGGAAUCUGGAUAUCCAUCACCGUUACAACUUCCACGAAGGAAUCCUUCAGAAAGGUGAUGGGUCUAACAUCUAUCUCAAGCACAAGCCGCGAGUGAUUCUUACCACAAUGGGUGAUGGUCAUCAACGCCCAUUAGACUGCUUUGAAUGCGAUGGACAGGCUUCCAAGCAACGACUUUUAGCACCAGUUGCUUUAGCAGCUUCUCCAGAUGGGGCGAUAUUUGUUGGAGACUUCAAUCUUAUUCGUAAGAUCCUAGUCGAUGGAACUGUCAAAACCGUCGUACGUUUGAACGCUACCCGAGUGUCUUAUCGCUACCACAUUGCACUGAGUCCCCUUGAUGGAGUCCUCUAUAUUUCAGACCCAGAGUCACAUCAGAUUAUUCGCGUACGCGACGUCAAUGACUACACAGACCCAGAUCACAAUUGGGAGACCGUUGUCGGCUCGGGUGAGCGAUGCCUUCCUGGUGACGAAGCUCACUGUGGAGAUGGCGCUUUAGCGAGAGAUGCCAAGCUGGCUUAUCCAAAAGGCGUAGCAGUGUCUGCUGAUAACGUUCUUUACUUUGCUGACGGAACCAACAUCCGAAUGGUCGAUCGUGAUGGUAUAAUAACGACAGUAAUAGGCAACCACAUGCACAAAUCUCACUGGAAGCCGAUACCAUGUGAAGGAACUCUCAAUGUCGAGGAGGUUCAUUUGCGCUGGCCUACAGAGCUGGCCAUAAAUCCCCUCGACAAUUCACUUCACAUUAUCGACGACCACAUGGUCUUACAGCUCGCGCCAGAUGGUCGCGUCAAAGUUGUUGCAGGACGACCAUUACACUGUGCCAGCCCGUCAACAACUUUCGACACUGAACUCGCUACCCACGCGACCCUUGUGAUGCCGCAGUCCAUCGCAUUCGGUCCAUCCGGUAGCUUGUACAUCGCCGAAAGUGAUUCGCAGAGAAUAAACCGCGUCCGGGUCAUUGGGACUGAUGGUAAGAUUGGACCAUUCGCUGGAGCCGAGUCUAAAUGCAAUUGCCUUGAGCGCGGAUGCGAUUGCUUUGAAGCUGAUCACUAUCUGGCGUCAACGUCAAAGUUCAACACCAUUUCCGCCGUGACCGUAUCACCGGAUGGGGUCGUUCAUAUUGGAGACCAAGCAAACUAUCGCAUCAGAUCGGUGAUGGCCAGCAUUCCGGACGCCUCUGGAGCUCGUGAGUAUGAAAUCUACUCGCCAGAUACUCAAGAAAUCUAUGUGUUCAAUCGCUUUGGCCAGCAUAUCUCUACCAAAAACAUUCUGACAGGUGAAACCUUCUAUGUCUUUACGUAUAACGUCAAUACCAGCAACGGAAAAUUGAGCACAGUUACAGACGCCAGUGGGAACAAAGUCUUUUUGCUGAGAGAUUACAGCAGUCAAGUGAACUCUAUUGAAAAUACCAAGGGACAGAAGUGCAGACUGAGAAUGUCACGCAUGAAAAUGCUCCACGAAUUAAGCACUCCAGAUAAUUACAACGUGACCUUUGAUUAUCACGGCUCGACAGGAUUGCUAAAGACUAAAUUAGACAGCACUGGCAGAAGUUACGUCUACAAUUACGAUGAAUUUGGACGUCUGACUAGCGCAGUUACGCCGACGGGUAAAGUUAUCGAUUUGACAUUUGAUCUGAGCGUUAAGGGAGCGACAGUCAAAAUUGGCCAGAACAACCGCAAACCCGUUUCAAUGCUAAUUAAAGGCUCUUCUGUUCUGACUAAAAUCGGAGAAGCCGAAGCGAGAACAACAGUAGCCGGUGAUGGAUCUGUUGGUCGAGUUACGUCCUGGUCGCAUACAGUCAGCACCGAUACGCUUCCGUAUGCUAUUUUAGCUGAAAUUGAAGCUCUGUUAGGUGAAAGCUAUCCAGUGCCUGCUAAGCAGCGAACUGAGAUCGCUGGUGAUCUGGCAAAUAGAUUUGAAUGGCGGUACUUUUUACGCAAGGUCCAGGGCAAGAACCGUGGCAACCCUAAAGCGAUUGCCCAAGUCGGAAAGAAACUUCGCGUUAAUGGUGACGUCUUGCUCUCACUUGAAUACGACCGCGAAAGUAAUACCGUUGCGGUAUUUAUUGAUGACCGCGUAGAACUGCUCAAUGUCACUUACGACCGAAAUGCGCGACCUCUCAAGUGGCUGCCGAGAAACGGAAUCUUCUCGGGAGUGGAUCUGGAGUACGAUAGAUUCAGUCGAUUGACCAGAUGGACCUGGGGUGACAUCAGCGAGAGCUACGGAUUCGACCGUGCUGGUAGACUGUUCGAAAUAAAAUACAGUGACAAUACCGCGAUGGUCUACGCAUUCAAAGACAUGUUCAGUAGUCUGCCGCUAAAAGUGACGACACCAAGAGGUAGCGAUUAUCUGUUGCAAUACGACGAGGCGGGAGCUUUGCAAUCUUUGACUACACCUCGUGGUCACAUCCAUGCGUUCUCACUUCAAACAUCUUUAGGAUUCUACAAGUACCAAUACUACUCGCCAAUGAACCGACAUCCCUAUGAAAUUCUUUACAAUGACGACGGCCAGAUUCUCGCUAAAGUUCUGCCCCAUCAAAGUGGUAAAGUCGCUUACGUCUACGACCAUGCGGGUAAACUAGAGACCACAUUGGCUGGGCUGUCGUCUAUUCACUACACGUACCAAGAAACGACUUCCCUAGUCCGCAGUAUUGACAUAAACGAGCCCAACUUCGAAAUGCGUAUCGAGUACAAGUAUCACGCGGGAAUCGUAAAGGAUGAGAAGAUAAAAUUCGGCAGCAAGAGCGGAAUGGACAAUGCGCACUAUCGCUACCAGUAUGACGGCAACGCCAGAAUUUCUGGAAUCGAAGUUGACAUCAAUGGAAAACAGUUGCCGCAGUUACGGCUCAAGUACAACCAGAACCUGGGAGUGCUUGAAGGAAUUGGUGACUUGAGGAUUUACAGAAACACUUUCAAUAGGUCGGUGAUGCAGGAUGCAAGCAAGCAAUUCUUUACCGUGACUGAUUAUGACGAGCACGGUCGUGUCAAGAGUAUUGUCAUGAACAUCCGGUCGAUGGACGUUUUCCGCAUGGAAUUGGAGUAUGAUAACCGCAACAGGAUAAAGAUGCGCAAGCUGACUAUCGGCAAGGACUCGAUGGACAAAAAGGAAUGGUCGCGCAUGGAUAAAAUUACUUACAACGCUGACGGCCAUGUUCUGGAGGUUGCGGAUACUGACAACAACUGGCAGUACGCUUACGACGAGAACGGAAACGUUGUCGGAGUUACUGAACACAAUGAAAAAAUAACUCUGGGUUACGAUAGUGGAGAUCGUGUUGUUCAGUAUGGAGACGUUGAGUUUAAUUCCUACGAUAAUCGUGGGUUCGUUGUGAUACGCGGGGAACACAAGUACAGAUACAAUUCACGUGGUCAGUUGAUUCAUGCCUCAGAGCACAAAAAGUUCCAGAUCUGGUACUACUACGAUGACCGUGGACGUCUGGUAUCUUGGAACGACGAUCGAGAAAAUAUAACCCAAUUUUUCUACGCCAAUCCCAAGACUCCUGAUCUGAUAACUCACGUCCAUUUCCCUAAAGCUGCAAAGACCUUCAGAUUUUUGUACGACUCACGCGAUUUCUUGAUGACCGUCGAGACUUCAGAGCAGCGUUUCUACGUCGCAUCAGAUCAGAACGGAUCGCCAUUGGCUCUGUUUGAUACCAAUGGUAAUCUGAUAAAGGAAAUGCGUCGCACGCCAUUUGGAAAGAUUAUCAAAGACACGAAUCCAGAUUUCUAUCUACCGAUUGACUUCCACGGCGGGCUCUUUGACCCAAUAACCAAAUUAGUCUACUUGAAUAAACGGCUCUAUGAUCCCACUGUCGGUCAAUGGAUGACUCCAGCCUGGGAGCAGAUGGUCAACCAAUUGACCACUCCCACCGACAUCUUUAUCUACCGAUUCCGUAACAACGAUCCAAUAAAUGCUAAAUUGAACGUCGAGUACAUGACCGACUUGUCCAGCUGGUUGAAACUCUACGGAUACGACAUUCCAUCUAUGCUAGGCUCCGAGUACACAAAGGCAAUGGUCUAUCAGCCAACGGCAACCAUAACCUCGCCUCAACUAACCCCCGACUUUGGUGUAAUGUCCGGACUUGAAUGCAUCGUAAACCGCGUUCACGAAAAAUUCUCAGACCUUGAUUUUGUGCCCAAGCCUCUUUUGAAACUAGAACCCAAAACCCGAAACUUGUUGCCACGCGUCGCGCAUCGACGUGCAGUUUUUGGCGAAGGAAUUCUCGUUUCACGCGUCGGAGGCCGCGCAUUAGUGAGCGUCGUAGAUGGCGUCAACAGCGUGGUCCAAGACGUAGUGACCAGCGUUUUCAACAAUUCAUAUUUCUUGCCCCUGCACUUCAGCGUUCACGAUCAAGACGUUUUCUACUUUGUCAAAGACAAUGCAUUGAAAAUGCGCGACGAUAUGGAAGAGCUGCGCAGACUCGGAGGCAUGUUCAAUGUUUCCACACAUGAGACGACUGAACAUGGCGCUGGUACAUGGAAAGAGUUGCGUCUCCACAACCCCGAUGCCGCUGUAGUGAUAAAGUACGGCGCAGACCCCGAACAAGAGCGACACAGAAUUCUCAAGCAUGCGCACAAGCGUGCCGUAGAACGCGCAUGGGAAAUUGAGAAGCAGUUAGUCGCUGCUGGGUUCCAGGGACGAGGGGACUGGUCGAAAGAGGAGAAGGAUCAGUUGCUAAGUCGUGGAACCGUCGAUGGGUACGAGGGCGCUGAUAUUCACAGUGUCCACAGGUAUCCUCAGCUGGCUGACGACCCCGGGAACGUUGCUUUUACGCGCGAUACCAAAAGAAAGAGACGCAAGAGUGGCAACAGACGACUCAGUAGAUAUCACAGGCAUGACACGUGAUUAAUUAUUGAGGGUUAUAAUUAAAUAUAAACAUUUUUUGUUUUUAAGUGAUUUGGUGCCAUAGGCUUUUAUUAUUGUUUAUAAAAAAACAAAAAACACUAAAAAUUAUAAACUUAAAAAGUGAUUUGUAUAUGGAAAAGUGUCAAAAUUAAGCUAGUCCUUGCUUAGUAAAAUAAUUAUUUUGUAGUAUAACUAAAAGUUUAAAAUAAUGAAGAAAAAAAAAUAACCUAACCUAAGAUGUUAUAUAAAAAUAUUAAAAUAUAUAUGUAUAAAUAUAUUAAACGACCGAGGUUUCUUUGGGGCAAUGAUAUUUUUUGCAUCACAGGGUCUUACAGAUAAGACGUAAAAUAUGAUAAGGAUUCAAAUGAAAAAAAAAAAAAAAAAAAAAAAAUUCAUUGUCCGUUCGUCCAAGUAAUUAACGAUUGUUGAGGUACACAAACUUACACAUAGAUGGCAGGAGUACUGCAAAAAUAUUUUUAAACGAUGCAAAUAAUAAUAAUUAUUAGUCAUAGUUACUGAUAAUUGAUAAUUAAUUAACUAAUGAGAUUGAGGGGGAUAUUAUUUUGUAAAUAUAACAAUUAAGCGUUUGAAUAUAUCUAUUGUGGUAAUUGUAGAUAGUAUUACUUAUCGAUAACAAAAUAAAUUAUAUCGGUAUGAAUGCCGAUGCUUUUUUAUAUGUAAAACACUCUACACUAUUAUGUAUGUAUGUAUUAUUUUUUUUAUUGAACAAAAAAUUUUUUUUUAUAUUAUUAUUAUUAUUAUGGAUUUAUUUUAUCGCGAAUUGAAUAUCGUGGUUAUUUUUAAUUUUUUUAUAAUUGUACAUAUAAUCAAUAAAUAAUUAUUAAAAUUAUUAUUUUUUAUCGCGUGUUGUUUUAUUUUAUUUCUAAGAUUGAGAUUUUUGAAGCAUGGCAAAAAUUUUUUUUAGGUUAGGUCAUAAGAUCAAAUUUUGGGAUAUCAAAUUAUGAUUUAUUGCCUUAGCAAUUCGACUAAAAGUAAAUUACUGGCAUUAACCUAAAGAACCGUAAUUUACUGCAAAUUUGCCGUAACAUGCGGUGUUGAACUGUUAAUUACCAUAGUUUACCGAAAACGCCAUUUUUACGGCAAUGUCCCUUUUUAAGGUAAUUAACGGUAACUUUUAUCGUGCGAUCUUUUCAAGUUGAAUUGGAUAAAUUUUUCAUGGGAGAAUAAGUGGGUUUUACCAUGCAUUAAAAGUUACAAUACACGGAGAGAAAUUUAUGCUAACCGUUCCUAAUAUAUUUAUGAUAUAUCAUCCCAUACCGUUAUGGUAAUGAUUACUUGGAAUUAUGGGAUAUAGGCCUACGCUUUCUGGAAAAAGUUCCCAUAAGUAUGAGAACAAUUCUCAUCAUUAUGGUAUCAGUUCCCAUAUUACUUGUGAAAAAAUUAUCGUAAUAAUUUCCAUAAUAUGACGGUAGUCAUUACCAUAAUACUAUAAUAAAUGUUACUAUGACAUUAUGGCAAUGGUUAACAUGUAUUAUAGUUAUCAUUACUAUUAUACUAUGAGAAUGGUUACCAAAAUAUAUGGUAAUGACUACCGUAGUAUUAUAGUAAUGAUAAAUAUAAUACAUAUGGGUGCCGUUCCUAUAAUCAACAUUUUAAAAAAAUCGGUUAUCAUACAUUAUGGAAACCAUCCCCAUAAAAUAUUGUAAUCGUUACCAUAAAUUUCUCUCCGUGUACAAAGUUCACAUGGUAAAAAUUAUUGUCAAUGCGCAGUUGUAUUUGUAAAAAGUCAUUGUUUCAUGAGAAACUACUACAUGAUUUAAAAUUGGCGCGGAAAUUUCAAUUUUUUAGAUUGAAUUUGGGUUGUAUGAUAAAAAUUACUCUUGUAUGGCAAAAAUUUGUUGCACAGAAAAAAUUACUAGAAAAACUGUACAAAGAAUGUUAUUACAAACAAAAAAAACAUUUAAUUGUACGGUAAAAACUUCCUAACCUAAAAAAAUAAACAUGCAAUUUCAAUUUGCAUAGCAAAAUAUAUGACCAUGUAAUUUUUACCAUACAGUUUUCAAAAAAAUCGUUGACUAAAAAUCUACCAUGCUGUUUUUUAAAAAUCUCUAUCUAAAAAUUCCUGGAAUUUUUACCAUGCAGAAGACUUUGGCAUGGUAAAAAUUUCAGUAAUUUUUACCGUGCAUUAAAAAAAUUUUAACUUUCGAUCCUAACUAUAGUAUGGUUAAAAAAUCCCAAAAUCUCAAGUUUGUUAUUUUUACACUUAAAUAUUUUUAGGUUAUAAAUUUAACCACACAAACAAACAACUACAUAAUCAUAAGCCACCGAUACGUAACAGUGUUAAUAUAUAAUUAAUAAAUAAGAUUACCAAUAAAAACAAUAAUUAUAGUAAUAAUUAUAAUAGUUAUAAUACUCAUAAU